AUGCAUACGGGAUGGUUAAUGCUACACCAACGCCAAGGCGCUGCCCUUUUUACAAGGGCACAACAAAGGCCGUUCAAGCGCCACAACAAAUCUCUCUCUCUCUCUCUCUGUGUGCAACAACACCAUCAUCAUCAAGCCAAGACCAGUGAGAAGAUGAUCACACAGCCAACAGGCGCUGCCGUUUCUUCUCUCUGUGACGGCGCGCGCAUGUGUGUGUGUGUGUGUUACCUCUUGAAAGGAAAUGUGUGUGUGUGUGUGUGUGUGUGUGUGUGUGUGUGUGUGUGUGUGUGUGUGUGUGUGUGUGAGUGUGUUUGA